AGAAUGUUCUGUCAUUUGUCAGCUGUGAUUACGUGAUUCCCUCAGUGGUACGGUGUUAUUAAUUUCCGAAAGUCAAUAAAUUAUUAUAAUUUACCAAGAUGUUCCUUCGUACGCGUUCUUUGCCCGCUAUUGCACGACGCGGCUACAACCAGGCUGCACAAGACAUGUCUGGAAUUAAGCCACCAAAGGGACCAGGUGGCGGUGCUAGUAUCAAUCCCGACGUUCCCGGAUUGAGUAGUAAUAUUGUGAAGCCAUCAUCCGGACCGCUGGGUCCAGGUGCUUCCCAUAGUGGUCAAUAUAAAGUACCCGAAUAUUACUCCUUCAAUCGCUUCAGCUAUGCAGAAGCCGAAGUGGAAAUCGCUAAAUAUCGCCUGCCUCAACCAUCAUCUCACAGAAAGUAAACGCUGGAAGCCUACAAUAUUUAAUGUGUGAAAAAAAUUUUGAGCAAUUGUAUGAUAAUAAAGUUGAAGGAAAAUUUAAAGUUAA